AUGAAAAUGCCACAAUUCACUCCUGCCGCAUCUUCACUUUCUGUUAACGAAUUCUGGUCUAACAAUUGUGGCGACGUUAGCUACAAUCAGCUUCAGAAGUUUUGGAUUGAAUUGUCACUACAAGCUCGACAAGAACUCCUUAGGAUUGACAAGCAAUCCCUUUUUGAGCAUGCUCGUAAAAAUAUGUACUGCUCCAGAUGCAAUGGAUUGCUUCUUGAAGGAUUUUUGCAAAUUGUUAUGUAUGGGAAAUCUUUGCCGCAAGAAGGGGUGGGUGCUCAAUUUCCUUGUAACAAACUCGGAGCUUUGAAGAAGCAAACUAAUGGUGGAUCAAGCUUUAUAACUGGGUGCCAAGAUGAAAUUCCAGAUCCAUCUAUGCAUCCUUGGGGAGGCCUGACCACAACGCGUGAGGGCUCGUUAACACUUAUGACCUGUUAUUUGUAUUCAAAGUCUCUAAAAGGAUUGCAAACUGUCUUUGAUGGUGCACGUGCUAGGGAGCGGGAAAGAGAACUGCUUUAUCCCGAUGCCUGUGGUGGGGCAGGCCGAGGUUGGAUUAGCCAAGGCCUAGUGAGUUAUGGCAGAGGACACGGAACAAGAGAAACAUGCGCCUUGCACACUGCCAGACUUUCAUGUGAUACACUGGUAGACUUUUGGUCAGCGCUUGGAGAGGAGACUCGAUUUUCUCUUCUAAGGAUGAAGGAAGAAGAUUUUAUGGAGAGACUUAUGUUCAGGUUUGAUAGCAAGAGAUUUUGCCGAGAUUGUAGAAGAAAUGUUAUUAGAGAAUUCAAGGAACUAAAGGAACUGAAACGCAUGCGCAGAGAACCUCGCUGCAGCAGCUGGUUUUGUGUUGCCGACUCGGCUUUUCAGUAUGAGGUAUCUGACGACUCGGUUCAAGCUGAUUGGCGUCAGACAUUUCCAGAUACUUUGGGAACCUACCAUCAUUUUGAGUGGGCUGUGGGCACAAGUGAAGGAAAAUCUGACAUUUUGGAAUUUAAAAGUGUUGGAUUGAACGGAUGUGCCAAAGCCAGUAGCCUUGAUCUUGGUGGUUUGAGUGCAUGUUUCAUCACUCUCCGAGCUUGGAGAUUAGAUGGACGCUGUUCUGAACUUUGUGUUAAGGCUCACUCAUUGAAAGGUCAGCAGUGUGUACAUUGCAGACUAAUUGUAGGAGAUGGUUAUGUCACAAUUACGAAAGGGGAAGGUAUCCGAAGAUUCUUUGAGCAUGCUGAAGAGGCGGAAGAGGAAGAGGAUGAUGAUUCAGUUGAUAAGGAUGGAAAUGAUCUUGAUGGAGAAUGCUCUCGUCCCCAAAAGCACGCAAAAAGCCCUGAACUGGCUCGAGAAUUUCUGCUAGAUGCGGCUACUGUUAUUUUUAAAGAGCAGGUUGAGAAAGCUUUCAGAGAAGGAACAGCCCGCCAAAAUGCACACAGCAUAUUUGUCUGUCUUGCACUAAAAUUGCUCGAGGAACGAGUGCAUGUAGCAUGCAAAGAAAUCAUUACAUUAGAAAAGCAGAUGAAACUUCUUGAAGAAGAAGAAAAAGAAAAACGCGAAGAAGAAGAACGUAAAGAGAGGAGAAGAAUAAAGGAAAGGGAGAAAAAACUUCGGAGGAAGGAAAGACUAAAAGGAAAGGAAAAAGAUAGAGAAAAAACAUGUUCUGAAUCAACUGAUAUUAUUGGUUCUUCAGAAAUCUCAAAAGAAGAAUUUGCUGCAGGUUCUGAUAUGGAUAAAAAUAAUCUUACUAGUGGCAGGAAUUCAGUUGUUGAAACAGAUGAAGUCAAUCAUAGUGACGAUUCUUCUAACAUCCAAGAUAAAGAACUCUCCAGUGAGAAUGAUACUUUGAGAACACAACAUCUCUCGGAUGAUGAUUGUGAUGAAGAAAAUUCCAAUACAAACGACGAGACAGGUCAGCAGUCUACGGUUGAACAAACAAUGCUUUCUCAUCAAAGACUGAGAUACAGGAAAGAAUUUCCACAGGAUGAUAUGCCUAUCAAGUGGUCUGGCAGACGCCAGUAUGCCACUGUUUCUGACAAUGGUGGGAUGGUUGGUAAAACUGAAUCAAGACAUUAUGGAGAGAGUCAGUUGACUUCAUCGAGGGUAGUUAAUGGAUUGAAUAGGCAAUCCAGGAUAAAUGUUCCUGCAAAGUCCAAUGGUCGAAAUGUUAGUCCGAAGUAUGGCGAUAAAUUUUACAAUUCCAAGAACCGGAUGAAUGACAGAUGUGAUAUUCAUUCUUGCAGCUGUAGUCCAAAUAGUGAAUAUAAGAUGAGAGUUGAGCAACAUUCGCCUGUGACAAGAGUUAGUCGGGAGUCAAAACCUGCCAGUCAAUAUGAAUCUGCUAAGCACUUUUAUCGAGGUAGUAAGUAUAAUCAAGUAGACUAUAUGCAUGAGAAUAAUGGAAGAAACAAAAGCAAAAUCAUUUUGGGGAAUUAUUCCAGCAGGGAUUUGUUUCAAUCAAAAAAGGUUUGGGAGCCUACGGAGUCUCUGAAGAAAUUUCACCAUAGUAAUUCAGACUCUGGUGUUAUUUUGAGGUCCACUGAAGUUCAAGAAGCUCAGCCUGAUCUUAUCAAGUCAUCUAUUGGGGAAAUUGUUGAUUCCGGUGAAAAUGAUUAUAAUGACUGUAGUUCAAAGCAUUUAAGUAGAACGGAUGCAGGCUGUCAAAAUAAUUUUCAGGUUGAAGGUGAAGGUUCUUGUAGCUCUAAGGAAAUUGUUUCCGAGGAAUCUGGAAUAUGCGCAACUGGAGGCUCUGUCUUGAACAAUUCGUCUGAUCCUACCCAAAGUAGCACUUUUAGUUCUGACAGCUGCUCAUCAUGUCUAAGUGAGGGUGACAAUAAUAUGUCAUCAAACCGUGUAAAUCAAGAAUCCUCAACCACAUCAGAUUCUGAAGAUGUUAGCCAACGAUCUGAAGUUAGAGAUAAUGCAGCUUGUCUGGAAAACGUGCUGUCUGAUUGUCAUGAAACUGCCAUGGAGAAUAACCAGACCACAAAUGGUGAGAGUCUGUCCAGAAGUUCAAAUUCACUUAUUGGCCCAUCCUUGGAUGGAAGAAGAAGUGAUGCAUUUGAUGAGAGUUUUGUGGAAAUUGCCCAAAGUUUUGAUAAUGGGGUUUCCACAACUAAUGUGAGUACUCAGCCUCAAAGCAUGCUUCCCCCGGCGUCAAAUCAAAAUAUUCAAUUUCCGUCAUUUCAAGCUCCUUCAACAAUGAGUUAUUUCCAUCAAAAUCCAGUUUCAUGGCCAGCAGCUCCAACAAAUGGUUUGAUGCCAUUCCCAUACCCAAGUCAUUACUUGUUUGCUGGCCCUCUUGGAUAUGGCUUAAAUGAAGACCCACGGUUUUGUUUGCAGUAUGGUUCCUUGCAGCAACAAACCCCCUCGUUUAACCCUGCUAUUCCAGUUUAUCAGCCAGUUGCCAGAGCUAAUGUCUUAAAUUCAGAGGAAUGGACACGCGUUUCCAAGCCAGCUUCCUUGCAGGAGCAUAUUAACGGAUCUGUUGCAGAAAGGAUUGUUUCAUCUGGAAACAAUUUGAAAAAACCAGCAUUCAUUGGAGAAGUUAAACAUGACCGUUCUGCCAAGUCACAAGAGAAUAACGGCGACUUUUCCUUGUUUCAUUUUGGCGGGCCUGUUGCCCUCUCAACAGGUUGUAAAUUGACUCAUGCAUCUUCAAAUGGCGAUGCUGUUGGUGAUUUUAGCCCCAAAAGUUCAGCGGAUCAUGCCGAAAAGGUCCAUACUUGCAAUAAGAAAGAGACCACCACCAUGGAGGAAUACAGUUUGUUUGCUGCAAGUAAUAACUUAAGGUUUUCAAUUUUUUAA